UUCAGGAGCAACAUUAAGCACAAGGCUCAUAUUACACCUGAUACUCAGCAACAAUGGGUGCCGAAUUUACCGUUUGUAAAUAUCGUUCUGUGCUUUCUUUGAUAGUUUUAGGGGUAGUUAUCUGUAGGACCCACUUCGGAUCUGCCGUCCCAGUGCAAAACGAAGAACCUCUUACUAAAAUGUACCCCAGAGGCAGCCACUGGGCUGUAGGUCAUUUGAUGGGGAAGAAGAGCAUUGGCUUGCCUUUUGGUUAUGAGGGUGAUGACAAGAUGUUCUAUGCAUCUGCACCAGAAGAAGUCAAACAGCUUGAAGGAUACUUGCAGUGGUCUGAAUUUGUCAAAAACUUGAUAAGGUUAUUGGAUGUGAACGACAGUCGGAAUGCCCAGCUUUUAAGACAAGAGAUUCUGUUCAAUAGAAAGAAACAGUGGGAGGCAGCAGACACCACCACCAAAAACAACAACUUAAAGGAGAUGACAGACUACCUGCUGCAGAUUCUGAAUAUGAAAGACAAUAACCCAAGUUGAAUUGAAGAUAUAUCUACUUAUAUACACUACCUUUGAGAGACUUGGCUGUUCUACAGGCAUUCUACUGUAACUAGUACCAAACAAAACUGCUUUUGUGUUGAACAAUGCAUUCUUGUAUUUCUGCCUUUAACUUGACUCAAUUUAACAACAUUUUAUUCUUUGGGUUUGUGUGGUUUAUUUAUUUAUUUAUUUAUUUAUUUACUUGUAUAUAAACUUUUUGAACGGGGUCUUAAUAUCUCAAUAUUAUUAUAGUUUUCUUGAGUAAAAUUAUAGUAUUUUUUAAUGCUAACCCCAAUGUUUAUCACCGUUUGUUGAAUCUACAUUACAUUAUUAUAUUGUCAAAUACACAAAUAUAUUAGAUGAAAAUGUUUUAUUUGAAGGCAUACAUUUGAAAUGUGUACCUGUGUUUGUCCCUUAUUUACAUUACAAAUGUAGAACCAUUAUCAUUAAGGGCUCAUUUAAACUGGCGGGGUGUGUGUAGCUUUGCAUGUUUCAGAUUGAUCUAGAAGGUUCUUUCCGAAUUUAAAGAUCAUGUAGCUUGUUAGAUUUGAAUUGUAUUCAAAUUAAACUUUUUGCAAUCAUACUGGUUCAGGGUUCUGGGUUCUGUGGUUCUAAUGCUGAUUUUUUCUUCUUCUCAAUAUCAGCCUUUAUGUGGCUUGGCGCUUGUUUAUAUAGCUGCUUUAAAUCAAGGCAACCCCAGUGUGCAUC